AUGCAGGCUCUCAAAGAGACGUUCGCCCAAUGCAAGAAAGAAGGCAGGACGGCCCUCGUGGGCUACUUCACGGCGGGUUACCCAACCGCUGAAGAAACCCCAGAUAUCAUGCUUGGUCUGCAGGCCGGUGGUGUCGAUAUCAUCGAACUCGGCCUCCCCUUCACAGAUCCCAUUGCUGACGGGCCCACGAUCCAAAAGUCAAAUACCGUUGCCCUCGCCAAUGGUAUCACCGUCACCUCAACCCUGCAGUUCGUUCGGGACGCCAGGAAGAAAGGUCUAAAAAUCCCCGUUCUUUUCAUGGGCUAUUAUAACCCGUUGUUGCGCUACGGGGAAGAUCGCAUGUUGAAAGACUGCAAAGAGGCUGGUGUCAAUGGGUUCAUCAUGGUCGAUUUGCCCCCGGAAGAAGCAGUCAGGUUUCGCAAUAAUUGCACAAAAGCCGGAUUGAGCUAUGUGCCGCUGAUUGCCCCUGCAACUUCGGAGAAGAGAAUGAAGCUGCUGUGCCAGAUUGCGGACUCGUUCAUCUACGUCGUGUCGCGGAUGGGUGUGACGGGCGUCACAGGCACGCUCAACACCAAGCUUCCUGAGCUGUUGGAGAGGGUGCAUCAGUACUCGGGCGGUGUUCCUGCCGCGGUUGGAUUUGGUGUGAGCACGAGAGAACACUUCCUGAGUGUGUCACAAAUUGCCGAGGGAGUGGUGAUCGGCAGUCAGAUUGUGACAGUUUUGGGCAAUGCGAAGCAAGGUGAACGGGCGAAAGCUGUUCAAGAAUAUUGCUCUCAAAUCAGCGGGAGGAAGGUCGGCGAAUUCAACACGACGGAUGGCUUGACGAGAGAAGUGGGUAUUGUCGAGACCAUGAAGUCGGCGAAGGAACCUAACGCAGCUGCGAACGGACUCAACGGCCAUCAAGUGCAGGUCGACGAAGUGAUUACGGAUGCCGACGUCCCCUCCGAGCCAGGCCUAGCUGACCAGCUUGAUGCCCUCAACUCGGCCACCAAUGGCACAGCUCCCAACCCCAACGCUAUUCCUGCCCGCUUCGGUCAAUUUGGUGGACAGUACGUUCCCGAAUCGUUGAUGGACUGCUUGGCGGAGCUGGAAGAGGGGUUCCAAAAGGCCAAAAAUGAUCCAGAAUUCUGGAAAGAGUACAGAUCAUAUUACCCCUACAUGGGUCGGCCUUCAUCCCUGCAUUUGGCCGACCGGUUGACCGAACGGAUCGGAGGUGCACAGAUCUACCUGAAGCGAGAAGACCUGAAUCACACGGGAAGUCACAAGAUCAACAACGCCCUGGGGCAAAUUCUUCUGGCACGGCGGUUGGGGAAGACACGCAUCAUCGCCGAAACAGGUGCAGGCCAGCACGGCGUGGCGACAGCCACCGUCUGCGCCAAAUUUGGCUUGGAGUGUGUCGUUUACAUGGGCGCAGAGGACGUACGGCGUCAGGCUCUGAACGUCUUCCGCAUGAAACUUCUCGGUGCCAAGGUUGUGGCGGUGGAAGCUGGCUCCCGUACCCUCCGAGACGCAGUCAACGAAGCAUUACGUGCUUGGGUGGUCCAUCUCGACACCACGCACUACAUCAUCGGCUCAGCUAUCGGUCCUCAUCCUUUCCCGACGAUCGUUCGCACCUUCCAGAGCGUUAUCGGUCAGGAGACGAAGGAGCAAAUGAAAGAACUCACGGGCAAACUGCCAGACGCCGUGAUCGCCUGUGUUGGUGGAGGAAGUAAUGCCGUGGGCAUGUUCUUCCCCUUCAGCUCUGAUCCUUCCGUGAAGUUGAUCGGGGUCGAGGCGGCCGGCGAAGGCGUCGACACGGGCAGACACGCUGCCACUCUUUCCGGAGGGUCGAUAGGUGUCCUUCACGGCGUGAGGACGUAUGUGUUGCAGAACGAGCAUGGUCAGAUCAGUGAUACGCACUCCAUCUCGGCCGGUCUCGAUUACCCCGGUGUCGGACCAGAGCUGUCGAACUGGAAAGACAGCUCCAGAGCCCGAUUCAUCAGUGCCACCGAUUCAGAGGCUCUGAUAGGAUUCCGCACCCUCAGCGAGACGGAAGGAAUUAUCCCUGCGCUGGAGUCAAGUCAUGCCAUUUUUGGGGCGAUGCAGGUCGCCAAGCAGAUGAGCAAAGAUCAAACGCUGGUGAUUUGCUUGAGUGGACGUGGAGACAAGGACGUGCAGAGUGUGGCGGAUGAACUGCCCAAAUUGGGACCAGGCAUUGGCUGGGAUUUGAGGUUCUAG